AUGGCCACAGUAGAGAUUGUGAACGAUCCUGAAGAUGAAAAACCGUUUGGGAAGAAUUCCAAAGGAUUUUCUGGAGAAUUCACUCAAAUUGAUUCUCAUACGUUUGAAACGAUAGAAAAUGCAAGACAACAAUCUAAAGCCAUUCUUGUCGAUGAUCGGAAUGAAUAUUUUAUAAACUUGUCGGAUGAUAGAAUUCAAAUUUAUGAUAUGAAUCAUCAUCCUUUCAAAAUAAUCAAAACAUUGAAAUAUCCACUCAGCCAUUGUAAUUGUCUUAGGACUGUUGACAGUGCCGUGUUAUGCUCAACCGAUCACUCUUACUGUCUUGUUUUAAUGUAUGAAGGUCAAUAUCGAAUGAAAUUGAUGAAAAUGAGCGUCAGUGAUGGAUCAUUGAAAUGGGAAACAGUAUUGAACAAGCAUUCUCAUAUUUGUAAAAAGUUUCUUACUCCAGUUAUGGAUAGUCGAGGAAUCAUUUAUGUAGGAGAAACAACAGCAUCACAAAUUUAUGUGAUAUGUAAUGAAACUGGUCAAGUUUUAGAAAAGAUGGGAACUGGUUGUAGAAAACCAUUUAAAACCUCCGUGAAAUGGUUUUCGCAAUUAUCUUUGGACAGGGAUGAUCACUUGGUUGUUUUUUGUUAUGGAAGGAAUGACGUUCCCCUUCUCAAAUUUUUCACACGAAAUUUACAGUAUGUGAAAGCCAUCCAAUUACAAGUGUAUCUGAUGGGACCAAUCAUGCACGAACCAAUUUCAAAUGGAUAUCUUUUUUGUGGCCUUGAUACGCUGUACUUUGCUUCCAGAGAGUUCAAUAUUAUUUCACAAAAAGCCAUGAAUGGUUCUCAGUACUAUAAUCACUUUGCAUUUUCGAAUGGAGUAUUGUUAACAUUUGAAACAUAUAACAACAAGUUGGUCUGUUACAAGUAA